UGCGCUAGUGAUGCGCACGAGAAAGAUCGGUAAAGAGAGAAGACAGAAAAAAGAAGAUGGCGACAGCAUGCCAAGAACCUCCGCCUCUCAUCCAGGACCUGAAGGUCACCGUCCACGACACAUCCCUGGUGUUCCCGUCCGGCCACAUUCCCCGCGAGCCCUUCUUCCUGUCCAACAUCGACAAGGUCCUCAACUUCGACGUCCAGACCAUCCACUUCUUCCCUGCCCACCCCGAGUUCCACCCUGACAGGGUGGCCGAGGCGCUGAGGGCCGCGCUCGCCAAGAUCCUGGUGCAUUAUGAGUUCCUGAGUGGGCGGCUCAAGCUCGAUGCUGCGACCGGGCGCCUGGAGAUCGAUAGCAACUCAGAGGGCGUCGGGUUCACGGUGGCUUCGAGCGAGUGCUGUCUGGACGACAUCGGGGACUUGGUCUUUCCGAACCCGGCCUUCGAGCGGCUGGUCACCAAGUCUCUGGACUCGCUGCCACCCGACAAUCAGCCCCUGUGCAUCAUCCAGGUGACGUCGUUCGCGUGCGGGGGUUUCGCGAUGGGGACUUCGACCAACCACGCGACCUUCGACGGGCUGAGCUUCAAGAUGUUCUUGCAGAACCUGGCCGCACUUGCCGCCGACAAGCCCCUGGUGGUGGAUCCCUGCAACGACAGGCGGCUCCUGGCCGCCCGGUCGCCGCCGUGCGUCUCGUUCCCGCACCCGGAGCUGCUCAAGCUCGACGUUCCCAAGGGCCAGGACUCGUCGCGCCCCAUCGUGUUCAAUGACGCCUCCGAGGACCUCGACUUCAAGAUUUUCAAGCUCUCUCCCAAUGACAUUGCCUGUCUCAAGGAGAGGGCCGCCAAGGACGCCAGCGGCCCGGGAUCAUCCUAUCCCAAGGCACGUGUCACCAGCUUCAACGUCGUGACCGCCCACAUAUGGCGGUGCAAGGCCCUGUCUUCCUGCGCCGAUAUCGACGACGGCAGUAGCAAGAGCCGAGCGUCGACCCUGCUGUACGCUGUGGACAUAAGGCCGAGGCUGGAGCCACCACUGCCGCGGGGCUAUGCAGGGAACGCGGUGCUGACGGCGUAUGCGACGGCGACGCCCGGGGAGCUGGAGGAAUGGCCGCUGGGGAGGCUGGUGGAGAUGGUGACGGAGGGGGCGGGGAGGAUGACAGACGACUACGCGAGGUCAGCCAUCGACUGGGGGGAGGUGAACGUGGGGUUCCCGCACGGGGAGGUGCUGGUGUCGUCGUGGUGGAGGCUCGGGUUCGCUGACGUGGAGUACCCGUGGGGGAGGCCGAGGUACAGCUGCCCACUGGUGUACCACCGCAAGGACAUCAUCUUGCUCUUUCCGGACAUGAUCACAGCAGCUAGCCAAAACGGCGGCGACGGCGUCAGUGUUUUGGUCGCCCUGCCCGGCCCGGAGAUGGCCAAGUUCCAGUCUCUGUUCCAUAAGUUAUUGGCCGGAGACCAUCACUGAUCUUAAUUUUAAUUUGCCUUGUUCAAAUCUCUCUCUUUAUAUACGUAUACAUAUGUGCACGUCGGGUUUCAUACGCACAUAAAUAUAUACAGAUAGAGAUGAGUAUGUGUGGAUUUUUAUCUGUGGAUGUAUACAUGCAAGUAUUGUAUAUGAACGUCCAGCGCAGCAAAUCAUCGCAUCUCUCACUCAUCAAUGGAGGUGAGAACUAGAAGUGUGUUGCCUUAUUUGAUUAUAUGUUCAUUUGUCCCAACUCCUGGAUCCCUGGGUUUUGUUUA